UUGAUUGUUCUACCCCUGUKCCCACCCUCCCUACCCUCCCCGUACUCUGUGACCACCGGGUUUCUCAAGUACCACAUCAGCUAGCACUGAUGUCGAUGGAACAAGACACCGGGGCACCGCCACGACGCAGUGCCAGGCUUGCAGGGCGUGCUCGCUCUGUGAUACCUCUCCGACGCAGGACUCAGCGACUCAGCAGCAGGACGACUCCAGCGCCAUCGAGUACAACAUUGACGGUACCGGGUACCACCAGAGUUCUUCCCGCAUGCCCGGAACAAGGGGCCCGUGAGCCGUUGGCAGAUUACCUUCAGCGGGUACAGGCAUUCACCGAUGCCGUAGCAACCGCAAAGGCACAUGAGGAAGCAGAGGCGGAACGUCAACGGCUGGCCAAAGAGGCGGCAGCCCAAGCUCAGCAGACUGUUGAGGAUGACGCAGCAACACGGGACCAACGGAAUGCCGCCAGCACGGAAUCCCUGAUUCAUAAUGAGAAUCAGUGGACAACGAUCCUCGAGGGCGUGAUCUUUGUGCCUUCGGAAGAGCAGGCAGAUCCGACACCGGCCGAGGCAGAGAGGACUCACCUGGCUAACGUGAUGUUGAAAAUGAUGCGACUGAUCAUGUGGAACAAUACGAUCAGCAUCGAGGCUAAGGCCUCAGCAGUGCCAGGCUGCACGACAGACGAGAUGAAGCAACUCAACGGGCGCAUCGAUCACGUCGUCAAGCUCAUCGGCGACAUAGGUAUUUUCAAUGGGCCGGACACGAUCAGUAGCACGGUGGCCGCCAUCAAGACGGACAUCACCAAGCUACAGACGAGACCGGACACCGCGACGAAGAGUUACAAGAUGCCACACUUCGACAUCAGCAAGUUCGACGACCACAACAAGACGGACGCCUUGGCAUGGUGGCAACGUUUCCUUAUGGAAGCAAGCUGCCGCAUUGUCCCAGACGACUACAUGAUGAAGGCGCUACACUUACAGCUGAUUGGAGGAGCGCAGGCAUGGAUGAACCACCUGGCGGCUACCCACACAUGCACCAUCGCCGAACUUCACACACACAUCACGUGGAAGGAGUUCGAGCAGCUAUGGUUCACCCGGUUCAUGGUCCGCAACGUCGUGAAGGCGGCCAUGAACGAGGUGUACACCUGCUCUCAAGGAAGUAUGCCAACUCGAGACUGGACAACCAAGUGGCAGAAGAUAGUGACCACGCCAGGCUUCGAUUUGACUUUUUCAAAUCAACCAUCCGAGUUCUUCUCGCGAUCGUGCGCAGGAUUGCGGUCCGCACUCGGUAAUGAGUACGACUAUACCUCGUUCCAGGCCAUCCUGGAUGGCGCAAACCUGGUCUUCCAAACGGACGACAAGGCUGCUAACGAGAAACAAUCCCAGCCGCAUUAUGUGGCUAAGCAGGGCUAUCAACGCCCGGCACAUAACAAUGCCGUAAUCUCUGAAGGAACAGACGAUCUCCACGCUGCAGCAACAUCCUCGAGUGAUGGAGGAAUUGUAGCAGCGCUCCCGCCGAAGCGUCCUGAGAGGGUCCGGAAACCCAAGGCGACAAAUGAGACGACAUCGACGGGAACUGGGCAGCAGCCAUGGACGGCCUACAACAUCACAAAGGAAGUCUAUGAACUUCGUCAGAAGUACAGAUAUUGCCUUUGGUGCAAUGGAGUCACACACUUGACUGCACAAUGCCCCGAAAAGGGCAAGGCACGCGUACUUCACGGACCAGCCGCGUCACCGCCGGACCCACGCAUUUCUCACCUCUUGGACGAGUAUAGAGACGUCUUCGAGGCUCCCACCGGAACGGUCCCGGAUCGGCCCAUACGUCACGGGAUCACUCUCGAGGCUGGCGCCGUCCCUCCGCGUGGAUGUAUCUACCGCAUGAGCGAAGAGGAACUCGAGGUGCUUCGCGCACAACUCGAUGACCUUCUCGACAAGGGCUGGAUUCGCCCUAGUUGCUCGCCAUACGGUGCACCUGUUCUCUUCGUCUGGAAGAAGAACAAAGACCUACGGUUAUGCAUCAAUUAUCGGAAACUUAACGCACAAACCGUAAAGAACGUCGACCCUCUCCCUCGGAUUGAUGAUCUUCUUGAGCAGUUAUGCGGCGCGACGUACUUCUCGAAGUUGGACUUGAAGUCAGGUUACCACCAGAUUGAAAUCCAGCCUCAAGACCGGUACAAGACCGCGUUCAAGACGCGGUACGGGCAUUUUGAGUGGGUUGUCAUGCCUUUUGGCCUCACCAAUGCCCCCGCAACUUUUCAAGCAGCUAUGACGACUGAGUUUCGCGACUUGCUCGAUCGCAGUGUCCUCAUCUACCUCGAUGACAUCUUGGUCUAUAGCAGGACGUUGGACGAGCACAUCACACACCUUCGUGCUGUUUUGAAUCGUUUGCGACUGGCCAAGUACAAAGCGAACUCGACAAUUUGCCACCGCAACAAGGGUCGAUCUCGAGUCCCCUUCGGUGAACUGAAACCAUUGCCGAUUCCGCGGGCACCGCGCCUCUCCAUUGCUAUGGACGUGACAKGCCYGUUUCCCCGCGAUCGCCACGGCCAUGACGGUAUUCUCACGGUCGUUGACCGUUUGAGCAAGUAUGCUCGCUUCCUUCCUUGCAAGUAUCAUGCUGUAGCGCCUGAGCUCGCACGACUCUUGCACACUGGUUGGAUUACCAACCAGGGUGUUCCGGAAGACAUAGUAAGCGACCGAGAUACUCGCUUCGUGUCGGCCUUUUGGACUUCCCUCAUGGCUGAGUCCGGUACGACAACGAAGCCGAGCUCGGCUCGACACCUGCAGACGGAUGGCCAGACGGAGCGAGCGCACCAGACCGCUCAGAUGAUGUUGCGUACGCUCAUUCGUCCCGACCAGAAAGAUUGGGUUGACCGGCUUCCCGACAUCGAGUUCGCCUAUAACACUUCGGUGCACCCGGCGAUCUGCGUCACACCAUUCGAGCUACAUCAUGGUGGAGAGAAAGCACGAAUCUUCGCUGAUCUCCUUUUGCCACAGGCCGCCGACAUAGACGUCCCUUGCUCUCCCGCUUCCGUUCGGAAGUACCGGGACUUGCUGAUCAAAGCCCGUGCAAAUAUGCAAAAGGCUCAGAUCCGCAUGCAGCAGAAGGCUAACCGACGUCGACUUCCAUGUCCUUUCCGCGAGGGAGACCUUUUUUGGGUCCUCUCCGAGGAAUUUGCGCUCGAGCAGGAUGUUUCGUGCAAACUCCUUUCGAAAUGGUUCGGACCAUGGGAAGUCACUUCUGCCGUUGGAGACGACCCCGCAGGUCCUUUCUUCGUGAUCAACAUUCCUCCGCACCUUACAGUGCAUCGGGUCUUCCACGCAUCGAAGCUGGCCAUCUACACGCCACCUUCAGAUGACGAGUUUCCCGGACGUCGAUCACAGGAUCCGACCUCCAUGGACGGACAUCAGGAAGUGGACCGAGUCAUCACGCACCGCAAGUAUGGCAACAAGCCAAUUCAAGCAAUGUGCGCCGGAUGACACUCGGUGGAUCUCUAGUGCAGACUUGCAAACUUCUGCACCCCUUAUCUUCGCCAACUAUGAG